UCUUGCAUCAGAUUUUUGUUGACCAUCACAAGUUUAUCACGUAGAAUCUAACAGCAUAAAUACCGCGGUUACAAAAACGUUAACUAACUAAUAUAGAUACAAGGAAAGCUCAUAUUAACUUUCAAUCAAUAUUUAUAUGACAUAAAAGUCAUUUAUUUCAGAAAAACGUUCGGAAAAUAUUAUUAAUACGCUCUGAUAACUGAAUAGAACCAAAGAAAAAAUGGUUUUCUUAAUCAUAUUUGCUUCGCUUCUACUUCCACAACUUACUGCCGGAGAAUUUAAGAUUACAACAGAAGAUUGUUACAAGACUGCUGAUUGCUUUCUACUACCAGAUUAUUGUACAUCAAGCGAUAACUGCUAUGUUAUUAUUAAGUAUCAGUUUAACUCAUUUCAUGACGAAUACUUUGUUACACUAUUUUCAAGUGAAAAAUGGGUUGGUUUUGCACAAACAAUCAAUUUAAACAUGGCAAUAAAAAUGAAAAAUAUUAAAGGAGAGAUCUGCUUCAACAAUAAUUCUAUUGCAACUUUAGCAAGUUUUUAUGCAUUACAUAACUCUAUGCCCAGUUUUUCUAAACCAGUAAAUGGACUAAAAGUUGAAGAAACAUAUGUAUUGCCAACUGGAGGUGUAGUUUGUAAAUAUAGUCGUAGUUUAUUUGCUCCUGUAGAAAGUGAAAAAUUUAUGUAUUCCCUUAAUGAAUCAGUAAAUCUUGUUUAUGCAUAUGGAGUGAAGUUAAGAGUUGAUGGUUACCCUAGUUACCAUGGACCAAAUAACCACAGCUAUCUUCCUGAUAAAAUUGAUAUGAGGAAAAUAAGGACUAGAGAUUACAGUUUGUUUGACUUUUCUAAAUGUGGCAAAGAAUUUAAUUGCUUUCAACAACCCCCUGGCUGUACUGAUACCUGUAAUGCUGCUGCAACAUUUUUAUAUGAUUCAAAUUCCCAGAAAAUUGUUUUUCAACUUUGGGCAAGCAAAUCUUUAAAAUGGGUGGCUUUUGGACAAAAGCCAAACAACAAUGGCAAUUUUAUGAUCAAAGUUCGAGGGGAAUAUUGCAUACGACUACCAACAGUUGGUUUUGGUAAUUUUAAUGGUAACAAUUUGAAGGAUGCUGGUACACCUCAAUGGGUUUCUGAAGUUGAAGGUGUUAAACUUCAUUCAACUGAAGUCAUGCAUGAUGGCUCUAUUUUAUGUAGAUAUGAAAGACCUUUAAAGUUAUCUAGUGAAAAUGAAAACUACUUAUAUGACAUGAAUGAACCUUUAUAUGCUGCACUUGCUUUCGGAGAUAUAUUGUCAGGAAAUUUUCCUGAUCAACAUGCUGAUUAUAUAAAAUCAAGUGGUCCAAUAGAUUUUAAAGUAGUUCAAGAUAUUAGUUUUGACACGAUAUCCAUUAAGCUUAUAAAAGCUCAUGGUAGCCUAAUGGUACUUGCGUGGAUUUUUUUUAUAAUCUGUGGUAUAUUUACAUCACGUUACAUGAAACCAAUCUUAACUAGUAAAAUAGCUGGUAAAGAUGCUUGGUUUAGGAUACACCAGUCUAUCAUGAUAAUAGGUUUGCUGUGCAUGAUUUCUGGCUUUGUUAUUAUUCUUGUCCACUUUAAUGGAAAGUUGUAUCUGAAAAAUGAUAUUCAUCAUUGGCUUGGAUUCACUGCUAUUAUUCUUGGUUUACUGCAGCCAACACUUGCUAUUUUUCGGUGUGCUCCAGAUCACUCAAAACGCUACUUAUUUAACUGGAUCCACAGAUUUAUUGGAAUGUCAGCUUGGUUAAUAGCAGUUUCCUCGAUAGUUUUUGGAUUGAAAAAAUUAUCGUUAAACUUCAUCCCAGCUAUUGCAUUUGCUGGUAUUGUUCUUGUGCUAUUUAUUGGCCUUGAUCUCAUUCAGUUAUCUUCUCAAUAUAAAUGUUUUUUUACAAAUGAUCAAAAUAUGUUUGAAUCUGAAUCUUACAGCAUCUUGGGAAAUGGCGAAAAGAAAAAAAAUCCAGCAUGCCAUUACAUCUUUAUGGCAACUAUUUAUGCCAUGUCUUGCGCGGUUGCAGUUUUUUAUGUGUUUAUGAUAAUAAAAUAUUGAACCACUUGUACAAGAAUAUUUAUGCUGAAUUUUUAUAUUAUUAUUUAAAAAGUUUUACAUUUUCGGAAUAUAAAGUUUCAAAUAUUUUAAUAUGAAGUUCAGAUCUUUAGAUAGCACUUUUUUAAAAAAUUUUUAAGUUUAAAUAGGCAUUUAAAAAAUUCUUUGUAUUUAUUAUUAUUCUGAAAUUUUUACGAGUUAAAAUAUUUUUUUAGUAAUAAUAUAUUACAUAUUAUACAUUACAUAUUGUAAGUAAUCUAUAUGCAAAUACUAUCAAAAUAUGUUAUUUGAUAUUUUUUUACAUGUUGUAUAUGUACAUAUAUAUACAUUUUAUUUUAUAUUAUAAAUAAUGUAUUUUACACACUAUACACUGUAAAUAAUACAUUUUAUGUAAUAAAUGUCGGUAUUUGUUUGGUAACGUUCGGUAUUUAUUUGGUAACGGUAUUUGUUUUUAGCAAAAAAAAAAAAAAAAAAAAAAUUUAA